AGAUGAUCCUGCUCGCUGGGUCGUCGAUUUUCUAGGGAAUAUGGAACGUAAAUGUAUACUUUAUUGAGAAAGACCUGGUAUUGCUGCACUGGUGCUCAAGAGUUGUGCUGAGUGGCGCUCGUCUAGUUUCGUACCGUUCUUUUUUUGUGUGGAAUUUCCUCUUCUGACGUCGACAAAGAAAAAGAUGUCCAGGUCUGCUCGGAGUACCCGAGUCCCUCCUGGUGGUCCUUCUGCGUUGCAGAGGCAACCGCAAUCACCCACGGCCCAUGGAAAUAAAUGUAGAAGUUGUACCUUGUCCGCCGUACCAAGUAGACACGUGCUUUCAUUUUUGCCCAGGUCGAUUUUGAAAUCGAGUGGAACAAUCCGAACGAGCACAGCGAAAGUUCUGAAACUGCAUGACAGCACAACACCGGCCCAGCGCUCUUUGAUGCUGUUCCUUCUUUUCAGAUUACUUCUACUCCCGGCCUCCCUCUACAACUUCUUCGUGGCUGCCGUCCGGUACCAAGGCUGGGUGAACCCGCUGAAGUAUGCCUCGCUGAACGAAGAUGGACAAAUGGUUUUCACCGUUUUCAUAUGCAUCGCAAAGAAAUAUAUCGGUCUCUGGAAACUUGUAAAAAUACUGAACUAGUACGGAUACUUUUUCAAUCACUUCCACAUGCAGCCGACCAUGACAAGUUUUUAUGACGCUUCGCCAUAAAUGAAUAGGUACUACUACUAUACGUAGUACAAACUUGAUGCAUGACAAGAAAGGUUUCGCCCCUGGUUAUGCAACACAGGAGGCCGUGUAGGAAGGCGCAGCACGCAUGAGAAGUUCCGCUUUUAAAUACCCAGACAGAAUUACAAUGCAUAGUGAAACAACCUGAAAGACGGCGCCAUGGGCGACGACCUGGUGGACGCCGUCCAGCACCACCUAGCGUUGACCAACGAAGGCAGCGUCAACAUCCCGAUGACGACGCUGCGGCGGAACCGGCAGCGAUUUCUGGUGGGCACGAGCGAUUGCAACAUCAAUUCGCAGUCGUUCACCCGUGCGGCGACCAACGAGACGCUCCAGCUGAAUGUGUCGUCCUUCCUCCCUCACGCGUAUCUGCUGGAAGAAAGCGGGUUCGGCUUGACAAAAACGUUUUUGAACAUUGGCGCAAAGGACGGCAUGGUGGAGGAUCCCUAUCCUGUGUAAAAACGCCCCCACCCCUAGUCAAGAUGGGAAUUCUGCUAGACAAGUCAACAAGCUUUGGCUGUUGCGCAAGACAAGUCUGGCCUCGUGUGUGUAGUCCUGUUUGGCUAGUUCAGCAGCAUCACAGAUCAAGCGCGUCGUGCUAGUUGGAGCAUUGCAAAUUACGAAACACGACUAGAAAUAAGCGCUUCUCUAGAUGGGGACCCGCGUGAGAAAUAUUUUUAGCAUGCAGAUUUGCACUACAGCUAUGGGACGGGGACGUUUUUACAUAGGAUAGUCCCUGCGUGGACUUUGCCAAGUCCUUCGCCGCGAAGGGGAUUCACUUUGAAAAGGACGAAAAGGAGUGCAGAAUUGCCCGAAAGAAUUUCAAGAAGAACCUCCCCGCGGCGCAAAGCGUGAUUUGCGCGGAAGUCACCCCUAUCCUGUGCAAAAUUAUCGUGCUAUUCGUGCUGUAAUGAAUCGUAGUGGUCGCAAUCACUUGCAUAACAAAUCAUCUAGGCCCUCCUACCUGAAUCUGCAUGGCGAUUUCUUGUUUCUUCUUCAUAUAAAAAGUUUGUGAUGCAAUUUCCACACGUAGUACAAUGCUUUUGCAACAUUGCAUAACCUCCAUGAACAUCGUGGACCUGAUCUUGGAAAACUCCGAGAUCGCCAACCAGCAGCGGCACUUUGAUUUGAUAAAAUUAGAUAUUGACAGUUACGACAGCACGGUGUUGACGGCCUUACUGGAAAAUCAUUUCACCGCGAAAUUUUUCUUCCUGGAGAUCAAUCCCACGAUACUAUGCAUUACAUGCAAAGAUAUCUGGGUCCUCGCAUGACAAGUUUUCGAGUGAAUGGAUUUUGCGUAUUAAAGUGCAUGAGAAACUUCUGCGUUUUUGCAUCACAACAAAACUACAGCGUGGUAGUGCAUUAUGCAUGACACAUUUUUUUGUCCUGGUCCUAUCAGCAGAGCAUUACAACCGUUGCAAUCCGAAUCUCGUCCCAGACCCAGACAUACUUUUGCAUUCUAUAGAUACCGCCGCCCUACCAGUACGCGACACUGUACCAUCCCAAAUUGUGGCCCGCGAUGCUGAAUGCCAGCAUGGAACACUGGCCAGUACUACGCCUGAUGUAAAAUCUUAUCUCACUUCUUGUCGUAAUCGUGUCAAGUUCUUCAAGAACUAACCGCAUUUUUGCUAUACCGCAUUUUUGCUAUACCGCAUUUUUGUGGUCGUGUAGAUAAGAUUUCUAUAGCGUACAUGCGUGUAAUCUUGGUUCGAAAGCGGUGGAGAUGUUGACAAGGAUUUUACACAGGAUAGCUCCGGGGCAUGAGCCUGAGUUACGCAGUGAACUUCAUGAAGAAAUGGGACUACGAGCUGGUAAGAGUAUUUUUGUUCGUUCUAAGAUCAGUACGUGGUUGUUGCAGCCGUGGUAACAGGACAAGAAACAGGUCAAGAGGGUAGUUUUCUUUUGCAUCAAAUGCGGCCACACAGCACAGAGCUGACCUUUUUGAUGGAGGUCAUACAGACUCUAUACAAAACCCACUUUAAGGUACUUUUCGAAUACCACGACGCUAUCUUUGUGCACAAACGAUACAAGCUAUCAGAUCUGGAAAAAGACUAGCCGCGCAGGCCUAGGCUGAUUUCCUUUCCUGCAAGAUAGAAAGCAGGCAUGGCACGAAAUUUUCUGUCAACAUGUUGAUCUCGUCAUCUUGAUGAUAGAAUGUCGCUAUUAUGGGCUGCUACGUUAGGGAAAAUUUUCCACCGGCCCCAGUUUUCCACAAAAUGCAAAAUUUUUUUUAGCAUAUGCAUCGCAUAGCAGGGGACUCGCUGGGCGGCAUUCGGUUCCGGCAACCCAGGCCGACCCCCAUUCCGCGGCCUCGGAGUUGUUUUAUGGAAGACAAAAUCUGAACUAGCUAGUGGCGCACAAUAGAUGCGCUAACUUUAAGGCUUUAGAGCUACGACACCGUAGCACCUCCGGCCCCGGAUCCACUCCACCCUUCCGGUUUCGGCUCCCAGGUUUUCCGGCGGGAUGGAGGCUGCCGGCUUCGUCUGCUGCAGUACGUCGUCGCGAGGUCGUUUCGAUGCCGCGUCUCGAAACAGCAAACAUGCUCGCAGAUCUGCUGCCAAUGGCUCGCCGUUGGUUGUGGGUAGAUAAGUAUCUCAGCACUGUCGCCAUAAUUGUAGAUCUCCCUGCACCCAAUGACGGCGAUGAACUUGAAAGGCCCAAACCACUAGUGCCUGUGUUGCUCGAUUCGUAGCAUGCUCCUCACGGUGGCAACAGGCAACAGGACGCACCUAGAACCAACAAAGAAAAAGCCCCUGUCCUGCUUGGGCAUAUUUGGGACCUAUGUCCUCGGACUGCAGGACAAGAUCUCUUGCGAGGCCUCCCCGGGUGCGCCACUCUGUGGCCCAAAGAGUGGCCGCUGAAUUUGUGUCGGCCUGACGGGCCAGAACAGUUCCGAAUGGAAACACACUCUGGAGGUGACCGGAAUCGCGCGGGCGUUUCCGCAGCUCGUGCGGAUGCAGCGCAGCAACAGCCGCUGCAGAAAGAGCUCGAAGGUGUCGCGCUAUGCUUUGCAAAGAUGCUGCACAGGUAUAGGGAGCGACUCCGCACGGUGGGCCAGCCAUAGGAGAACGCACGCUGUAGCACAGAGCUGGCUCCUGAGCCGCAGAGCGUUAACCAGGCCGCCUUAUCUGCGCAGCACCUUUGCACAGCAUACGACGCUACACGCCGCCGCGAGAAAAAUGCGAAAGGGGGACUUCAGCAAUGGGGUGACCUACCAGUACUGGAAAAACGCGCGCAAAAGAGUCGGGAAGCGACUCGAGAAGAGGACGGCAACAGUGUCUGUUGCUAGAAAAUUGGCCACACCUGACGCCGAAUGACCCCACCCCCGAGGGCCCCCCGCCCGACGAGAAUCCCUGUGCCACCCCGGUACCGCGCUACCGCCCCAGAUGGGCCGACUUUGUGCUCUCCGGGGGAUGUGCCUCUCCGAAAGACAUGCAUGGCAGAUUUUUCCGCAAUGCAGACUGUGCAUGACAUGCCUAAAAAGAGCUCCCCAGCGGCAGACACUUUUGCGCAGUAUAAAGGGUGGGAAUUCUCCCACACAGGCGCCAGGACAUAACGCGGGAGGGAGGGUGGCAAGACUUAAAAGACGCACUCAAGACAGGCACGCGCCCCACUUUUCCAAAAUUGCCACGCUGGACCUAGGCACCAUAGAAAACACAAAACCCUCAGGCAGCCCCGCGCCACAUGAUUUCGCCGGCCCACCACCCCGGGCGCCUUUUUUUGGGCGCCUUGCCCGAGACCCCAGUGGCCUUUGCCUGACCACGCGGGCACCGAAGUCGUGCGAAAGGCGCGCAGAAAACGACUCGGCGGGGCCUCAAGUUCUUGGCAACGUUGGUCGCCGGCGACCCCGGAGACCUCCCCUGGACACUCACGAGGAAAUUGGGCAAAUUCGACCCGGUUCGGGGCGUCCAAAAUGGCCACAAAAUCGACCGACUCAGGUCCUUAUUCCAAAACGUCCACAAGAAACGAAAAAAAUCGCGAGACCCCCGGGUGAGGCUGGCGAGGCGGGGGCCCUCCGGCUCCUCUCGGUUUUUCGCUUUGGGCACCUUCGGCGCCGGCCCCUCCGGCGCCGAAAUGCCGCGCGCCGGCUUCUGGCUACCCUGGCGCGGCAGAUUGUUGCGCCCCCCGCCCGGCCCGGGCCGGCCGGGGUCUGCGCCCCCUACGCCCGCCGCCCUGUCGCAUUUUCGCGCCGCAGUCAUACUCCUCUUCAUUUUCAUGCGCCCGCACACAGCCGCCCCCAUCUUGUGCGGCGGCGCGGAGGCUGGGCGAUGGGGUGGCUGCCGCGCAAUAAGGUGGCAGAAAAAAAGCCGGGCGCUGUGUUUGGCAAUCAUAGCGAAGGCCAUUGUGGGUUCGACUCGCAUCGGGGACGCAAUCGGCGUCGACGGGAACGACACGCAGCGGCAGCAGGUGGCGCAACCAGGAGGGCAGGCUGCGCAACAGGAUGCGGCCGGGCUUGCUCAGGAUGACGAUCCCGAUGGGCCGCUGAGCCCAAUUUCAUCCCACCAGCCAGCUACAGCGCGAUCGGCGGUCUUCGGAAGGUCGUCGCCAACUCGAACGACGAGCCGGCCGGGGCAAAAGAGAAGGGGGCCCCGACCUGCUUCAGGGACGCCAGAACGCUGAUCCCCGGGCCCAAAAUGUGCGCGAAUUGCUUCCGUCUCUCCGCCUCAAUUUGUCGCGGCCGCGCCCCCGUUUUAUAUGGCGUGCAAGAAGUUUCAUGCUGCUACGAACCUAGACAAGUGCAAAGCAGUGCUUCCAAGGAGACUAUCUUCUAGCAGGCCGGUGGCUUCUUUGGUGAUUCCCAGGGGGGCACCUGGCACGGCCUGAAGGUGCUUCUUGUAAAUGCGCAACAUUUGACGCCUCUGGCCUGUUGGUGUUGCAGCUCGUGCUGUGGUUGGUGUUGAGCCUUGUAUCGGCCCCGGCCAAAAGGGCCUCACUUUGGCGGACCGCGUUCCGGGUUUUUGUAGCUACUAUUGCCGGAGACCUGUCGCUCUGUGAUUUCAAGCGAGGCGAUUCUAUUUCCUGAAGGCUGCGAGAUCGUGAUCGCUAUUGCAGGGCCCUGGUUUGCUAUCGUGCCCACUACGAUCUUCCUGCCGCUCCAUUCUGCUGAUUUUUGGGCUUUGGGGUGUAAGUAGCUGCUGCUGACAUGCAACGAAGUGGCCGCGCAUUGGCCGGAGAAGGAAGGCCAUGGCGCCAGUCGUCGCUGUUUCUUCGUUUGUUCUUGCUUGCUAGCUGCCUCCCGACCGCCACCAGAUCCGGAUGCGGAGAUCUUGCCGCACAAGGUCCCACAGAGGCCCGUCCAGAACCUCGGCGAAGAAUACCUGCUGCGCUUCGGGGCGAGAUAUCCGCACUACAACGUCUACGCCGCUGGCCGCUGCUCGGAGCGUCCGCCUUGCUGACCUCCAUGACGGUUCAUCCUGCCGGGCUACAGAGAAUUGUCUUAGAAAAUAGGACAAACCUAAACGCAUUUUCAAAGUGUUAGUCUUAAUCUAGUUACUAUUGUGCGCCGCUAGCUAGUUCAGAUUUUGCAUUGCAUGCCAUUGAAUCCGGAUGCGCGGCCACGAGGAACUUGGGAAAGUGGACCAAGGUGGCGCACAACGUCAGCCACCACCGGAGGAGACGGAGCGAAUUUUUUUUUUUUCAAUUUGUGGAAAACUGGGGCCGGUGGAACAUUUUCCCUUACGUAGCUGCAGUGCAAAUUUCUAAGUCCGCCAACUACAGGACAAGUUUGCGGCGUCUUUUUAAGUACACGACACAAUGCGCGUUGUAGUCUUUUUCCACAUGAUGCGAGCAAAUCUACGGUUUCACCACGCCGACCGAUGAGUUCGACUGCUUUCACAAAGCCUUCGUGUUUUCGAAUGGAAUAAGCAUGAAGCAGACGCGCAAGUGGUUCUACGAGGUGGGGGUUGAGCAGGGCCUCGCCGAGAUAUUCCAGCAGCUGAUUAAACACACCCUGAAAAACGGGAAGUUCAUUUUCCCUUUCACCCUGCAGGUAUGACGACGGCAUGGAAUUCAUUUUGUUACUUGCUGGAGUACUUAUUCUGCUGAUUUCGCAUUCACCAGAAUGUGCCGGUUUUCUCUGAGAAUAGAAAUUUUCUUCCCUGAGCAGGCUCGCUCUUCCACUUCCUCGUCCUACACGAGAACAUCGAAAUAGGAAUCGCUCCUGCAAGCUUGAUGUUGAUAGGCAAAGAAGAUAGUGAGUUGCUUAAAUGCGAAUACAGUCAGGCGUCCUGUUCUUGAAGAUGCACCAAAGCAGUACCGAGCACGCAAUCUGAACAAGAACAAAAU